AUGGAGACCCCAGUUUUCCGUAACGUCAAAGUCAAGGAUGGUCUUUCCAUAAUCCCAGAAGAUGGCAUCCGUACUGUAAAAGAUCUCAUUCGAAGAAGUGCGGCCAAAUUUGGAAGCAAUCCGGCAUUUGGCUCGCGUACUGAGAUUCAGGCCCAUUUCAAGGACGGUCCGCCAGAUGCCAAUGGCAACAAGAAGCAGCUGAUCAUCUCGGAGUUAAGCCCGUAUAAAUUUAUAUCUUACAUUGAGUAUGAAAAACUUGUCACGGCAAUUGGCCUUGGUCUUGUCAGCCUUGGUUUGACUCCCUCUCAAGAUAAGAUUUGUAUGUGGGCUCAAACUAGGUGUGUUGCUCCUUCACUAAAUUUUUAAACACUGUUAACUUUACAAUAGUGCGUCGUGGCUAUCAACAUUUCACGGCGCAGCAUCUCAAUCAAUUGCGAUUGUAACAGCUUACAGCAAUUUGGGACUAUCUGGGCUUCAACAUGCAAUCGAAUCCACCGACUCAGUAGCUAUCUUCGUUGACUCAAGUUCCAUUGCACGUCUUGCGCUUACACUUGAUGCUGUACCUGCUUUGCGUCUUGUCGUAUACAAGAAUGAUACCAGAAUUUCAGGUGACGCGAUUCAAAAAUUCAAGCAAGACUUCUCUCAUGUCAAGUUCAUUGAGUUCGACGAGUUAGUCUCGCUGGGAAGAAGUGCAGCGGCUACCCCCGAACCACAUUCACCAAGUCCCGAUGAUAUUUGCGCAAUUAUGUAUACAUCUGGCUCCACUGGAAACCCAAAAGGGGUUCCUUUACGACACAAGAACAUAGUUGCAGCAGGUUAGCUCCCUAUUUUGAACCUAAGUUAUAUUGAUUUAAUAACGACUUUUCUUCCAGUUUCUGGUUGGAAUAUAACUUGGGGCGGACACUUCGACAGCAACGAUGUUGUCCUCGCCUAUCUUCCACUUGCCCAUAUUAUGGAGUUUAUCUCAGAACAUGGUUUUCUAUAUUGGGGUGUGCCCAUGGGCUACGGUACUCCAAGAACUCUGUUCGACCAUUCGGUUCAGAACUGUAAAGGAGACUUGACGGAAUUACGUCCGACUUAUAUGAUAGGCGUUCCAGCUAUCUGGGUAUCAGCAAGAAAAUUCAUUGUGGCUUCAAUUGGUGCAUACCCUCCUGAUAAACAGACCGCUUUUUGGGAUGCUCUGAGAGAAAAACAGAAAGCUUUCGAAGAAGGCGCUGUUUUCCCAUGUGAGCGAGAAGCUGCCUUCUCUGGGGUUCGUGAAAUCUUUGGUGGCAGACUUCGUUUUAUGGUGGCUCUGGAAUUGCAAAGCAUACUCAAGAAUUCAUCUCAUUCUCUCUAGCACCCAUCACAGGCUGCUUCGGUAUGACUGAGACAUGUGGGUAAGUUCCCCCACUUCUGAAGAAGUGGUGGUUUACUGAAAAAUCAUAGAACAGGAGCCAUGAUGGACCCAACUCAGUGGCAUACAGGCUCACUUGGAGGGUUGAGUGGCUGCGUGGAGGCGAAAUUAAUUGAUUACGAAGAAGCAGGAUAUCAUGCCUCAAGUAGUCCGCCAGAAGGAGAGCUUUGCAUUCGUGGAGCCAGCGUAGUUGACAGCUACUGGAGAAAUGAAGAUGAGACGUCGAAGGCAUUUACUGAGGAUGGCUGGCCAAAAACUGGCGAUAUAGGUACAAGCUUCAAUCUCCGACAUUGCCGUCAAACUUACAGAGAGCUAAUUAUAUCAUCUUGUAGGCAGGUUCGACGAACAUGGAGCACUCUGGAUUAUUGAUAGGAAGAAAAAUCUGGUCAAGAAUCCCAAUGGACAGUAUAUCGCUCUGGAGAAAGUAAGUUAAAGUUUUCCCUUUUCAAUACAUGGAAGUGACAUUAUCCGCAGCUCGAGGCAUUGUAUCGAUCUGCUCCGGUAGUGGCAAACGUUUGCAUCUAUGCCGAAUCUACAAGGGUAAAGCCUACAGCUAUCAUUAUCCCUAUCGAGCCCGUCUUGAACAAACUGCUCCAAUCCUCUGCUGGAACCGAGUCUGGUCUCUCGGAAACCGCCGAAGCGCAACGACUUGUUUUGAAACAGCUUCAAGAGAAGGCGCGCGAGUAUGAUCUACCAAGCUUGGAAGUUGUUGAAGCCGUAGUGUUAUCGCCCCUGAAGGAAUGGGAUGUUACAAAUGUUAGUUGAAAUGCCAUCUCAUACAUCUGUGAGGAUACUGACUUGAGAUAGGGUAUGACUACAGCGGUUGGAAAAUUGAAGAGGAGAGCUAUCCUAGAAUACCACCAGCAAAGCAUCGACGAAGUGCGGAAGUAGUCAGUGAUGACCGGGUAGUAUUGGGAUAUGGAGCGGAUGCUGGCAGAUUUGCUAGUUGAUGCGCCCGUAUCUUUUUGCCAGAUGUGACAGAACGAUGGGCCUGUGACUCGUAGUUCUAUUACCUAGUGAUUGCUGAUUUUCUACAAAUGCUAC